AUGUCCGGUGAGUUUUGUCCGGUGAGGCCUUUGUUCGGCGGCGCAAUUUCAACUGCCUUCCCGCAAAGAUUUCAGGAUGUGAGUAAUGUCCGACAAGUUCCAGAUCAUCAGGAAGUGUUUGUGGAUCCUUCAAGAGAUGAGAGUUUGAUAUUUGAGCUUUUGGAUUUCAAGACUGAUGUUGGGGAUAAUGGUAGUGCUUCUUGGUUUCUUCAUGAUCUUGCUCGUGAACAAGAUGCUGAAGGAUUCAAGUUGAUUGAGCAAUCAGAGAUCAUUGAGGCGCCUGGACUGUCUUUUAGAAACAUCCCUGCUGUUGCGACAACUGCUAUCGGAGAGAUGGCUAUAUCCAAAGGAAAACAGGGAAGAGAAGCACAAAACCUAGUGAGGGUAUAUGUGGCAAAUCUUCGUCUUAAAGGAGUUGAUACAGAUGUUUUAGUGACUGCUUAUGAACCUAUUCACAUAAACCCGUUGAGCGAAAGUGCAGUUGCGGUGGGAUCUGGUUUAGCUGUCCCAGCUUCACAAUCUGGAAUUAUGCCAAUGAGUGAUGUCAUCAAACAAUCACUCUCUACCUUCAAAGUCAAUGACUGGAGUCUUUUCGGUUCCUCGGCUUCAGUCUAUGCUUCAUCAUGA